AUGGAAAAUCAAACUGCAGUUACAGAGUUUAUACUCUCAGGACUCUCUAGAGAUCCACAUCUACAGGUAUUUCUCUUCUUGGUGUUCCUAAUAAUUUUUUUGGUAACACUGUUAGGAAAUUCUGCAAUCAUGCUUGUGAUCAGAACUGAGCGUAGCCUUCAAACCCCCAUGUUCUUCUUUCUUAGUCAUUUAGCUUUUGUUGACAUCUGCUAUUCAUCCGUCACUGUUCCCAAGAUGUUGGAAAAUAUCAUAGCAAAGCAGAAAACGAUUUCCUGGGAAGGAUGCAUUGCACAGAUCUUCUUCUUUUUCCAGGUUGCUUGUGCUGAAGUAUUCAUGCUCUCAGCAAUGGCUUAUGACCGAUACAUUGCUAUAUGUGAUCCACUGCAUUAUUCCACAAUCAUGAAAAAAGAAAUCUGCAGACAACUAGUGGGUGGCUCUUGGGCUAUGGGUACCUUCUAUGCUGUGUUGAAUGUUCCACCUUUGGUGAAUUUGCAUUUUUGCGGGAACAAUAUUAUUGACCAUUACAGCUGUGAGCUUCCUUCAGUCUUGGCCUUGGCUUGUACCCAGACCCUCAUAAAUUACAUUGUUCUUCUUAUCACUGUGUUGGUGUUUGGUCUUGGCUCCUUUCUCCUUACCCUCAUCUCUUAUGUUUACAUUAUUUCAACCAUCGUGAAGAUUCGCUCAGCAGAAAGCAGGCAUAAAGCCUUCUCCACUUGCAGCUCUCACCUCAUUGUGGUGGGAUUGUUUUACAUUGCAGCUUUUUUCCGGUACAUGAAGCCAAGUUCAGAAUCCCUCGCCUACCUGGACAAAUUAGUGUCAGUGCAGUAUAGCAUCUUAACUCCCAUGUUAAACCCUCUCAUUUACAGCUUGAAGAACAAGGAUAUCAAAAAUGCUCUGUUGAAGAAGUUUGGAAAGUGUAAGUUUCUUCAAAAAAAUGAGAAUCCACUCUAG